UCGCAGAGUGAUAGAACCCUAAAGAAUUAGAUUCUUUAUAGAUAUAUAAAAAAAAUCCUUAAAAUUAUUAAAACCCUUUAAUAAAAAUCUUUUGAUAAAAUAGAUAUAUCAUCAAAUUACAAAAUCCUCUUAAGUACCAUUCAAUAACCGAGAAAAUUGGGGGUGGCAGAGGGGAGGGUCUUACCUCAUAUUAAGCGGAGGCUGCGGAGAGCGGGGUGACAGAGACUGCGUUUACGCAGCGUUUUAAACGUUUACAAGACAAGAAAAAGGUUUACUAGUGUAGAAGUAACAACGGUUAAAGUUGGUUUGGUUUGGUUUGGUUUGAGUUGAAUAUUUGCCGUCGAAAUUCUUAUUGUGGACUUACGAACUCGGAAGAGCUAAGAAGAUGAGAAAAGCGAAUGCAGGAUUCAUUUGGAAGAAUAUGUUUUUGGCAUUAAAGGAGUUACAAUCUGUUUCAUCAAUUUCAAAUACAAGUCAUCUGAAUCAAAGAUCAGCAAUCGCUAUCACUUCACUCUCCAUUCUUCGUUUUUACUCAACCGAAAUGCAACCUCAACUAUCGAAUGAACUUAUCAAAAUAAUGGAACAAAAGCUAUUGGCUAUAGAGCGCAGGAGUGCUUUACUUGAGAAUAUCAUAAAUCGGCCGGAAGCCUCGCCAACAGAGUAUUCUAGGGCUAAUAAAGAGCUUCGGAAAAUCAGGGGUUCAAUGGAACUUAUAAAUGAAUUGAGGACCAAACAGAAGGAGAUUGAUGGGUUGAAGUCACUGAUGGCUGAAUGUCCCGAGGAUAAAGACAUGCUUGAUAUGGCAACAGAGGAAUUGAAUCCAGCUGUAGAAGAAGAGAAAAAAUUACAGAGUUUGCUGCUCAAGUCUUUACUUCCUAAGGAUGAUGCCGAUGAGAGGGACUGCAUUUUGGAGGUGAGAGCUGGAACGGGCGGGGAAGAGGCCUCUUUGUUUGCAAUGGACAUAUUUAAGAUGUAUGAGAAAUACUCACAGAAGAAAGGUUGGAAGUUUGAUGUUGUAGACGUAACAGAGUCUGAUCUGAGAGGAUACAAGGAAGCUAGUGCGGCAAUCUCAGGAGUUGAUGUCUAUGGGAAACUUAAAUUUGAGAGUGGAAUUCAUAGGGUUCAGCGUGUUCCUGUGACAGAGAAGUCUGGACGAGUUCAUACCAGUGCUGUCUCUGUUGCUAUCCUUCCUCAGGCUGAUGAGGUAGAUGUCCAGUUGAGGAAUGAAGAUUUGAGGAUUGAUACUUAUAGAUCUGGUGGUUCAGGUGGUCAGCAUGCAAAUACCACCAAUAGUGCUGUCCGAAUAACUCAUAUUCCAACUGGGAUGACUGUGUCCAUCCAAGAUGAACGAUCUCAACAUAUGAACAAAGCUAAAGCACUUAAGGUGCUUUGUGCGAAGCUGUAUGAAAUAGAAAGGUUAAGAGUUCAGAUGAAUCGAUCAAAACUUCGAUUAGAGCAGAUUGGUAGUGGUGAUAGAUCAGAGCGUAUCCGUACUUACAACUUCCCUCAAGGGCGUGUCACUGACCAUCGUGUUAGCAUUACCCAUCAUGCAAUAAAUGAUGUGAUGCUGGGAGAAAAUCUAGAUAUCUUCAUAGACGCCCUUCUUUUACAGCAGGAAAUGGAUGCAGUUGCCUCAUUCAGUUCUAGUCAGUGAUGCUAGUGAAGGUCUUUACCCUGGACCUGUUCUUGAUCAUAUUAUUGAAUGGUGUUAAGAUUUAAGUAGAUUAUUUAUUUUUAAAAUUUUCCAUAGUUUAGCCUCAUAAUUGGGAGUUUUUGUGUAACAAUAUACCUUGCUUAUUACUUCCAUAAGUUGAAGGAUUUGCGGAAGUUUUCUCAUUGUUGUUAAAAAGGGAAAGUUACUUGAGAUAAUCUAUAUGCAGAGGAAUAUUACUGUAAUGACCCGAGUAAUUGUUUGGUACCAUUUUCUGGAGCAGCU